AUAGUAUGAGUCCUUCCCUAAGGCAACAAAAAAUCAGCUCUUUAAGAAAAAAAGAUGCCAUGUGGAUUUAUAAAAACCCACAAGGUUUACAAAUACUAGAAAAUGAACUAAACGAGCGUCGAAAAAAGCGUAUAGCCAGACAAAAGGCAUCCACAAGAAGUAGCUCGAAUGAUUUAGUAUCACCUAUGAAAGAACAAUGUACAAUACCUAUUGCGAAAACGCUGCCACUAGACAACCAGUCCCUAGAAGAUACUGAACACAAAAGACAAGCAAGCAAGAUUGAAGAAUCAAAAAAACUAAUAGAAUUACAAAAAGAUCCUAAAAGGAAAGAGCAAGGCCUGAAAGUGCUAUUAGAAAAAGCGGCUGCUGAUACUCCACCUAUUGCUCCUCCAAGACGAUCAUUUCCUGCAAAAGUAGUGCCUCUUGAGAGAGCAGGCUCACCUCAAAGAAAUAUAUUGUUGGAAGCAAGACAAAAGUUAUUAUCUGCUCAACAAAAGACUGAUAAUCAUAUCACAAACUCUGAUACAAACAUGAUAAAAAAGAAAGGACUUGUAUCUUCGUUUAUUUCCGCAUUUGAGGCACCAACACCUGAUUCAAGCGAUAAAAACAACACUAUCAAGCCAUUAUCAAAAAUCGAGUCAUCUAAAUCUGUUUAUUCUCGAUCGAUAUCAUCAACAGAAGAGUCUUCCAAAUCACAAAAACAAAUGAGAACACCAUCUCCCACAAAUGUCUCUGAAGCACCCACUUUUAUAAGUGAUUCUUAUUUUACACUUUCACCAUCCCAUAUUUCUGAAAUGCUUCCUCCUCGUCUCUGUACUUCCCCUGAUUCGAUGAGCUCUACAAGCUCAAAAGAUGAAACACAAACAAUUGAUGGUAACGAAUCUACUAUCAGUGUCUAUCUUCCUCAACUCUCACCUGAAAUUUCAGUUCAUGGCAAUCAUGUUCAGGAAGAAUCACUUGAAGAGUUGCGCCCUGGUUUCAAAAAACAGGUAUCAUUUUCAGAACACCUAUUGACAUACAUUCCCGAGGAAUUUGACGAUAGCAACAGCAUUGUCUCCUCGUCUUGCUCUUCAGAAAUAACUACGCCUGUAUCCAUGACUAGCCAGCCAGCUAUCAAACCCGAAACUGUAUCUAAGUUCGGCCAAACCAUUAGUGAUGAAUUGGGCGGGAUAAAAAAGAAUCUCGUAGAAAAGGUUUCCCGAGAAAAGUUUGUCCCUCCUCAAUUCAACAAAAAAGAGUCAUUUGUGAACAAACGUUCUAACAUGGCACCUCAAAAGUUGUCCACUAAAUUAUUAGAUAUGUUUCAACAAAAGGUCUCUAUAAGCACAUCACCAAAACUGUCGCGAUCAUCAACAGAACCUACUCGAGAACUCGUCCAUUUGACAAAAACCAGACCUAGAAAGCCACCAAGCUUAAAAAAGCCAACCUACCCUGCAGCAACUGCUCAGCCAGACUGGCGUAACAAAGCUACUACUAAAAAAUACGAAUUUGU